GUAAAGAGCAGGUACGAGAAGAGUUUCGGUUCGCUGGGUUAUAUCACUUAGGCUAUACGUGUCAUAGAUAAGGAAAUGCCUUGAACUAUUAUGGGCCUCGAUGUAGGUCAAGGGAGCAGUGAGAAAGAUAUUUGCAUGCAGCUUGAAGCAAACGCGGAUCUCUAGUGUUGAUUCGGGCAGAGAAAAUGUCUCAGGCAAAGGGCAAAAAGCUAAUCAACACAGUAGAAAGAUGUGUUGAUGAUAGCUUGGAAGGUUUUGUUGCUGUCAAUCCUGGUGCUAGACUUUUACAAGGCCAUCGGGUUGUGGUCAGGUCUGACAUUGAAGAAUAUAAAGCAUCUGGGAAAGUUGCUGUAAUUUCUGGAGGAGGGUCUGGUCAUGAACCAGCACAUCCAGGUUAUGUGGGGCGUGGUAUGCUGAGUGCUGCAGUAUGUGGAGCAGUAUUUGCCUCUCCUCCACCAAACAGCAUUCUGGCAGGAAUCAGGGCAGUAGGAAAAGGAAACAAAGGUGGUGUUUUGCUGGUUGUGAAAAACUACACUGGGGACAGGAUCAACUUUGGCCUGGCAGCAGAAAGAGGGAAAAGUGAAGGAAUAAAAGUGGAUAUGGUAGUAAUAGGGGAGGACUGUGCUCUAACUUCACAUGAUAAAACGGCUGGAAGAAGGGGGUUAGGUGGAACUAUAUUUCUGCAUAAGCUUGCAGGGGCCCUAGCUGAAGAGGGAAGACCACUGGAAGAAAUUGUUAGAAUAUGUACUGAAGCAACACAAAAUAUGGGUACAAUUGGCAUAGCCUUGUCUCCAUGUAGCCUUCCUGGUCAGGGACCUACAUUUCAGCUUGGAGAAGAUGAGAUGGAACUUGGCUUAGGAGUCCAUGGCGAAGCAGGGGUGAAGAGAAUGAAGUUGUUAACAGCCAAGGAAACAGUGGAAGCUAUGAUUGCCCACAUGACCAACAAGAACAGCAGCACACAUCUUGACAUAAAUAAAGGAGACAAAGUUGCAGUGCUUGUUAACAACCUUGGUGGAACAUCUGUGUUGGAGCUAACUUUAAUGGCAGGGGAAGUAAUUCGUAGUAUAGAAAAUAAGGGUGUGUUGGUACAGAGAGCUUUCUGUGGGUCAUUUAUGACAUCUUUAGAAAUGGCAGGUGUCAUCGUCACUGUAAUGCACCUUAAUGAUGUCAGAGCCAAAUGCUUGGAUGCCGCCACCAGUGCUCCUGGCUGGUCACCCCCAUUCCUUGCACCAGGUAUGACCAAUAGAGAAACCCCAGAGAGAAUGCCAGCCGACGAUGCUGACCUGUCUGAUAUGAUAGUGACCAGUGGGGAAGGACUCACUGUGGAUGCAGAUACAGGAAAGUUGCUGUACAGUAUCCUCAAGGCAAUAUGUGAGACACUGAUAAGUCAAGAGAGCUCCCUGAACCAGCUGGACUCCCAGACAGGAGAUGGAGAUUGUGGCUCAACACUCAAGGCUGGGGCUGAAGGAAUUCUGAAGUAUCUAGGCACUGAGACAUCCCCAGGUCUUCCAGUUACACACCCUCAAAACCUGCUCCUGUCUUUAGCAUGCUUGGUGGAAAGAUGGAUGGGAGGCUCAUCUGGAGCUAUGUACAGCUUGUUUGUGACAGCCGCUGCUGCAGUUGUAGCUCAUGACGUUAGUGCUACAGGGUGGUGUUCAGCUUUCCAAAAAGGCAUGCAGGCUAUCUCCAAAUAUGGUGGGGCAGAGCCAGGAGAUAGGACUAUGCUCGACUCCAUGAAUGCCGCCUACAAUACUCUUGUGGCUAAUUUGUCCAGCUCAUCUCCAAUAGAUGCCUUUGAAGCUGCAGUGAAGGCAGCAGAACAGGCAGCAGCAGACACUGCAAACAUGACAGCCCGUGCUGGCCGUGCUAGCUAUGUCAGCAAAGACCUGCAAACGCAGCCAGAUGCUGGGGCUGUGGCAGUUUCUGUGUGGUUGAAAGCAAUUUAUCUCACACUGAAGAAGUCGUGAAUAAGUUGGAAAAUUGCUCAAUUGAUUCUGAAAUAUUGGCAUUUAGGAUCAUGUAUGGCACAAAUCUGUGAAAAAAAGCAGAGCUGAUUACUCUAAUUUUUGACAUACAGCUAAAUUCUAGUCUUCCUUAUGAAGUGGUCAUAUAUACCUCAUUUGUAACUUCUCAUAUACUUACUGGAUUGUUAUUUAUGAAAUUAACUCUAUUAACAUUGACUUAAGUAAAACUUGUAUUGAAUUAUAAAACAAAUGUGAUGAGAAAUUACCGGUAUGUAUUUCAUGUUUGAAAUGUCAAACAACAUAUUAGUAUUAAUUCAUAAUUUUAUGAUAUUGCAAUUUUAUCUACUUAUUAAAUAACUUUGAUGUAUACUUUAUUUUUAAUCAUCUAUGAUACAAGUAGCCGUUGUAAAAUGAAGGUGCUUGCACUGCAGAGUCAAGUGAAACACAUCACAGUAUUAAAUCAUUUGUUAGGGAAUUACUCUGCAAUUUUGAUGUUCCAUAAUAUUAAAACAGGGCUUCUUUAAAUACCAAAGAAAAGGAGUGAAAACUUACCAAAACAGUAUAAAAUAAAGACAAAUGAAAAUGGUGAAUUCAUGUGUUCAUUUAAAUGAAAAAAAAGAUCACUUGGGAAAUAAACUAAACAAUGUUUCAGAUAGUGCCAUGGUCAUUUUGUGU